ACACACAUAUGUAUGUAGGUGUGUAUUUUAUGGGUGGAAAAUGUGAGGCAACCCAAUUAAUGAAGAAUGCUUAUUUAUUUUGAAAUUGCAAAAUCAAUAUAAACAUGCCGCAUUUCAAAUGGACUGCUUGACAAGAAUCAGGUGCUGAGACGUUUUCGCUGUUCUAAACAAACGCGAAGGAUAUUAACCAAAAAUAAUAAGUUAUUUUAUACCAAUGUGAAGGUGCGUGGUCUUGUGAUUAGGUGUAUUGCUAUAACAAUCGUAAAUUCUUACGAUCGUGGUUUCGGUGCGUUGUGUUCUUCAGCAAAACACUUCAUUUCAUGUUGUUCUCCAAUCCACUCAGUUGUAAAUGAGUUCCAAGUAGUAGCUGGAAAGUUAAAUCUGCAACGGACUAGCAUCCCGUCCAGGAGUGUGAGGAUAUUGUAAUCUCAGUCAUUUAUAAGCCGGGGGAACCGGUUUAACUUCCAGCUUCAUGAGUCUUUGAGCCCAUGACAGACUUAAAAAUGCUGCACGUUUUGUCUCUCUGCUGACAUUCCAUUCUUGAAGUAAACUUGAUUUAACCUACAGACAUCUGUAAACAUGCUUGACCCUCGUGACAAGUUAAUCCUCAACAGUCUGAUCUCUUUGAUCGGACUGGUGGGAUUUAUCGGCAACUUUCUCAUCUUACGGAGUCUCAUAGUCUAUAAAAACAUGAGGAUUGCACAUCAUGUUGUGGUUGGAGGUUUAGCACUUGCCAGCAUCCUUUACAUCCUCUUUGAGAUUCCUCAAACAAUUGUGAACUUCACAAGCACUCGUUGGAACAUCACAGAUAUUUGGUGCAACAUAACUAACUACAUGGCACACUGCAGCCUCAUUGUGGUUGCAUUUCAUCUUGUUGUACUGUCUAUUUUAAAUGCCCUCAUCCUCACUAACCGUCCUAAUAUGAUUAUUUCAGGCAAACAUGCCUUGAUAAUUGUCAUCAUUUUGUUUGUGGUAAUUUUUACUGCUGGAGUACCAUUUGCAUUUGCCUACCAUGUGGAUAAAAGUUUGGAGCGAUGUACUUUUAAACCAGACUUAGAUGAUGAAUUCCUGCUACUCAUCAUCAUAACUGUUUGUUAUUUCUUACCCUUUGGUCUAGUUCUUAUCACCCAUGUCAUCCUCCAUUACAUAACACAGCGUUUCUUUGUCGAUAGUAUACCCGAAGACAAGCGCAAACUCUCCCAGUUAGCUUUAGGUCUUGUCAUUGCUUAUUUUUUCUGUCAGUUACCCUACCAUGUUGUAAAUAUUCACUUGCUUUAUAUGUUAAAAGACCCAAACAUCCAGCCUAAGCAAUUUAUAAUGUGGAAUCGAAUUUCUUCCUACUUGUUGUGUCUUGCUCAACUUAGUUUUUCCAUUAGUCCCAUCGUCUGUGCAAAACUUUCCAAAGAUUUUGGCGAUAGCUUCGACGAGAUCAUCAACUGCACAGCAUGUGUCUCAUCAGGGAACCAAAGACAAGGAACUCUCAAUGCGUCCACUCCAUUAACCUGCUCAACUUUAAUUGGUUCUGAGAAUAAUGUAUGAGAUGAGAGGAGCUCAAUGUAAAUAAUUAAUAUGAACUGUGUUGUGUAUUUUGCUCAGAGAGAGAGACUGAGACUUAUGGAAUGGCACAACUGGCUUGGAACAGUGGAAGCUAUUCAGGAAAAAAACCCAGUUUCUUCUUACUUAAUGUUAGGAAUGGAAAACAAUGGAGAAAUAUAUUUUGAUUCAGAAGAAUUUAUGAUGAUGUUCCUGACAAAAAUAGUCAAGAUCUUUUUUUUUAAAACUUUUUAUAAGAAAACAAAACUAUCAGGGCGGGCAGGAUACAAUUUGAAAAAAAUUGUAUUUUAAUAAUCCAUACAAAGUAUACACACACACAUGCUUGCACAUAGACAAGGUGUGGCUAAAAAAAUUUCCAGAUUCACCAUUCUUCAUAAAAGUUUCAACAGCAAACACAAAGUGUGCACCGGUCCAAAUGAUGAAUGGUGACUAACAAAUAAAUGGUAAACCAUUAGCUACAUGAAGAGACCAUUAUUAUCUGCCUAACUUUAAUAAUACCACAACAAUGGUCGCCGCACCCUGUACAAUGUCAAUUGAAUUUUGAGUUUCAAUAUGUGUGAAUACAUGAAUGUCAAAAUGUGAAUAACGUGUAAAUAUGUUGGAAUAUGUAUGUAUGUAUGUAUGUAUGUAUUUAUGAAAAAUGUAUGUGUGAACUAUAUUAUUGAUACCUGUGAAUGUAUAAAAAAAAA